UCCCAUGAAGCUUAGGCAAGCUUAUGGUCCAUCCAACGAGCUGGUCGCAUCACUUUGCAGCGAAAACGACAAGCCUCAUGUUAUGAAGAAUGGUGGCGACACAACAUCAAUACUUGAAGAGAUGAAACUAUUAGCUUCUUGUACUUAUGAAAUUGGCACUAAAUGGGGUGAAGAGGUGGGAUAUCUAUAUGGUUCAGUGGCAGAAAAUUACUUCACAGGAUUUACAUUACACAGCAAAGGUUGGAUUUCAGUCUAUUGCGAUCCGCCGAGGCCGCAAUUCCUGGGCUGUGCAACCACCACCUUGAAUGACUGUCUAACUCAGAGCACAAGGUGGUGCUCUGGUUUCUUUGAUGUUGGUAUUUCAAAGUAUUGCCGUUUUAUAUACCGUCCCUGGCGCGUGUCCAUUCUUCAUAAAAUGUGUUACGCCGAACUCGCUUUACCGCUUUCUUUCUUUCCCUUGUGGGGCUUUGCCACCAUUCCUCAGCUCUGCCUCAUAAAUGGCAUUCCCAUAUACCCUAAG